UGAUGUGCAAAUGCACAUCAUGUUGAAGGGCUGUGAAUGGGGAGGUGUGACGUAAAAAGGGACCGAACGCAGGUGCUUAUCUCCAGGCUGUCAAAGGCACAGUAUGUCAUAUUCCUGGGGACUACCUUUCAAAGACACAGUACCAGCAGCACUGCCUCCGAGAGAGACUGGGAGAGAGGAGGAGGAGGAGAGGAAAUCAAACUUUCUUUGGAUCACAGAAAGAAUGAGUUUUCUGACCGCGUCCUGAGAUCGCAGAGUUUCGUUCACGUCGUCCAGGGUGGGCCGGGCAAAUCGGUGUGCACACUGCAGGGAAAUCUCCAAUCCAAGAUGGAGGGUGGUGGCGAGGAACACAUUAUGCAAACUAGUAACGGCAGCACAGUGCCUGGCGACAUCAUCGCUGAGAUCCCCAGUCCCUACGGGUGUACGGCGGCGACGAUGAGGAAGAGAAGUGCCCCCCAGGAAGGACCGCACGGGGGUCCGGUCAACAAGAGGAAGUCCCUCCUCAUGAAGCCCCGCCACUACAGCCCCGACACCGCCUGGGACGAGGAGGAGCAGGAGGAGCAGGAGGAGGUGGUGGCGGAGGAGGCGGAGGAGAAGGAGGAGGAGGAGGAGGAGAAGGAGGAGCAGCAGAGAGAGGACCUGGCAGAGCACAAAGAGGAGCCGAGGCACACUGACACUCCAGCAGACGCAGACAUCAUGGCCGAGAUGGCGUGCCGAAACGGUUACCAUGGCGACGCCAUGGCGGUCAAACUCCUGGACCCCCGUGGGUGGUCCCCGGCCACCCGAAGCCCUCCGGAUCUAUCCCCCCGGUACGAGCUGUCGGGAGCGCUGCUCGAGCAGGAAGCGGAGGAGGAAGAGGCGGGACUCGCGCAGGAAGAGGAGGACCCCGUUCACCCCAGGAGGAGGAGCCUCACCUGCACCUCCCUGUCGCCCCAGAGGAGUCCGUACGGAGAGCUGGACCCCGAGCCCAGGUGGCGGCCUCUGUCCCUGUCCGGCAGCCGGCUCCUCACCACGCCCCCUAGAGGCCCGGAGGACCAGAGGAACGGGCUCCGCGACGCCGCCGACCGCCCCCGACCGGAGCUGGGUGUUCCCAUGGGCCGGGCCAGCUUCUUCCAGCUGGAGCAGGAGGAGGAGCAGGGGGAGGAGGUGAUGAGGUUCAAGCAGCGCCCCGUGGAGGAGGAAGAGGAGAUGGAGGAAGAGGAGGUGCUGGGGUUCAAGCGGCAGGAGGAAGAGGAGGAGAGCGACGGAGAGCCACCGGAGCUGGAGAGACCGCCCCGGCUGGGGGGCUGGGCGCUGGGGCUCCAGGACAGGGCGAUGGAGAUGGGCCAGGGCAGGGUGAACCUAAGCCUGCUGGAGCAGGCCAUGGCCCUGCAGUCGGAGCAGAGGCACGCCCUGCACCACGCCUACAGGGAGAUGGACCGGUUUCUGCUGGAGCAGAUGACCAAUGAGAGGAGGCACCACCGGAUGAUCGACAUGGACAUCAGACUCAACUACCACGGGGGAAAAGAUUCCCCGCGGACGGACAAGAAGGACAUCAAGUGCCCGACGCCCGGGUGCGACGGCACUGGUCACGUGACUGGCCUGUACCCCCAUCACCGGAGCCUGUCGGGUUGCCCCCACAAAGUCCGGGUCCCCCCAGAGAUCCUGGCCAUGCACGAGAACGUCCUCAAGUGCCCCACGCCUGGCUGCACGGGGAGGGGUCACGUCAACAGUAACCGUAGCACCCACCGCAGUCUCUCGGGCUGCCCCAUCGCCGCUGCAGUAAAAGUCCCCAAGCCCCCGGAGGAGAGCCCCAAAGCCCGACCCUCGGCCGACCGCUCGCCCAGGUCGAUGAACGUAAUGAAGAGGUUCGACAUGAACCAGCUGCAUUACCGGCUGUCCCACCCGGCGGCGGCGGCGGCGGCGGGGGCGUUGGCCGCCCUGCAGGGCACGCUGGGCCACGAGGGGGACAAGUACAGCCGCCUCCGCUUCGACCACGCCAGCUUCGACGCACAGGUCUUCGGGAAGCCCGCCCUGAUGGGGGGCGGCGGCGGCGGCGGCGGCGGAGGGGGUCCGACGGAGCAGGAGGCCCCCUCGCACCACCCCGAUUCGCCGCGCCACUUCUCCGGCUUCCUGGGCUCCCCGGGGGCCCGGCUGCCCGCCUCGGGCCCCCACAGCCCGCCCCCCCACCACUUCGCCAACGGAGACAGCCUGCAGGCCGCCGCCGCCACCGCCGCCAUCCUCAACCUCUCAACCCGCUACCGCAACAACAUGGACGCCGCCGCCGCCGCCGCCGCCGUGGGGGCCGGUCAGCCCCGGGGCCCCCCUGCCAAGGACCUGCUCAUCGAGGUGGACGAGAACGGCACUCUGGACCUGAGCAUGAAGCGAGGCAAGGAGCUCGUCGGGCCGACCCGGACCAAGGUGCCUGGCGAGGAUCCUCUGGCUCAUCCUCAUCCCCCUCCUCACCCUCCCCCUCCUCCUCCUCCUCCUCCCCCUCCUCCCUCUCUUCCUCUCGCCCAUCCGCAUCCUCCUCACCUCCACCCCAUCGAGUCGUCGAUGGCCAAGGGCGGCAGCCUGCUGAUCAACCCGGCCUUCUACCGCUCCCUGUGCGAGCGCGACGGCUGGGAGGGCCGCAUCCCCAUGAACUUCAGCAAAGUCACGCUCAUGCACGACAAGGAGCCGGAUAACUUUGACGACAUGACCCUGGAGGAGCAACACUAUCACCACGGCGACGGCGGCAUGAACAGCCCCAAAAACAAGCUGCUAUUACGGGACGCUAAGAAGGAGCUAAUGAGCUGCCCCACCCCGGGCUGCGACGGCAGCGGCCACGUCACAGGGAACUACGCCUCCCACCGAAGCGUGUCUGGUUGUCCCCUGGCUGACAAGACGCUCAAGUCACUGAUGGCAGCCAACUCUCAGGAAUUAAAGUGCCCAACACCUGGCUGCGACGGAUCGGGUCAUGUGACUGGGAACUACGCCUCCCACAGAAGUUUGUCAGGAUGUCCGCGGGCCAGGAAAGGAGGUCUGAAGCUCACGCCAAACAAGGAGGAGAAGGAGGAGCAGGAGAUGAAGUGCCCCGUAAUUGGCUGUGACGGACAGGGCCAUAUAUCAGGGAAAUACACCUCACACCGAAGUGCAGGCAGUUGCCCCCUCGCUGCCAAGAGGCAGAAGGAGUCCUCUAUGAACGGACUACCCUUUCCGUGGAAGGCAAAUAAGCAAGAACUGCCCCAUUGUCCCUUGCCCGGCUGCAAUGGCCUCGGACAUGCCAAUAAUGUUUUUGUCACUCACAGAAGCUUGUCUGGCUGCCCGUUGAACGCACAGAGUAUCAAGAAGAAGCAGUCUGGAGAGGAGAUGAUGACUAUCAAACUAAAAGCCAGUAGCGGUGUUGAGAACCGGGAGGAAGUACAACAUUUGGAUCAUGAAAUUAAAGAGCUGAAUGAAUCCAAUCUGAAGAUAGAGGAGGACAUGAUGCAGCUCCAAACCCAGCAGAUCUCGUCGAUGGAGUGCAACCUGAAGACCAUCGAGGAGGAGAACAAGAUGAUCGAGCAGCACAACGACAGCCUGCUGAAGGAGCUAGCACGUCUCAGCCAGACGCUAAUCAACAGCCUCACCGACAUCCAACUGCCCCAAAUGGGCCCCAUCAGCGAGCAUAAUUUCGAAGCCUACGUGAACACAUUAACUGACAUGUACAACAACUCGGAACAUGAGUACUCCCCGGAGUGCAAGGUGCUCUUGGAUAACAUUAAACAGGCUAUUAAGGGCAUUCACGUCUGAGCUGUGGGGUUUCCAAGAGGCUCCUUUGACUUGGAAUAAUAGCACUCCGCGGCCCUCCUGAACAGCGCGGCCUGGCUGGGCUCCAUCUAUACCACAAGGCUUUUUAUAUUUUUUUGGAAAUGUUCAGCGUUUCCACAGGAUAAGUACACUGCACUGAGAAAAAAGGACCAGCCAGAUUCCUAAUGCUUUCGCUGUUUGUUGCGUCCCCCUCUCUUGAUAUGUUUAUUUCCCGGUGAGAUUUUGAAAAAAAAACAACCUUCUCUUGCACUUAAUUAUUUUGUAUGGUUUGCUUGAUUUUAAAUUCUAUACGUGAUUCACGUCAUACUUAUUAUAUUAUUGCUAUUUAUUAUAUUUGUUCGCCAUUGUAUUUAUUUUUUCUUCGAUUUCUAUUUAUUUAUGUAAUUGUAAAAUGGUUGAUAUUGACAAAUCGGUUGACUUUCUGCACAUUGUAAAAUUACAUCGAAGCACAUUCCAAUUUUCAAUCACGGUUUACUUUCGCCAUCUAGUGUUGAGGAUCUUAUUUUCAGACAUCCC